CUAGUGCAGACUGACAUUCCGGCCCAGCCGCCCCAGCCCAGCCUGCCUCCCGCAGCGGGCAAACCCAAUUUCUUAAGCUCGCAGCUUUUAGCUUUUUGUGGUCCCCUACAUAGUACGUACGUACAUGCACUGCAUACUUACACGGCGGACCCGCCCCUCUUCCGACGAGAGCUUGAACCCUCUUCGCGGGCGACUGCUAUUCCCUCACUUUCUCGUGCCCACGCGCGCCAGCCUCACCCGCCGUUCUCCGCAUUCCUCGGCCGGUCGCAAAACUCAGUUUUUUCUGGAGAGAAGCAAGCCCGCUGCCGCCUGCCUCGCCGUCCGCCGAUCGAGCCGAACCACACACACAGCUCUACCCCCUCCACCCCUAGCUCGCUGCACACUAGGCCGACCCCACUCCACUCAUCAAACCAAGCUUUCGCAGCUUGUGGAUGAGACACGGCCAGACAGGCGGGCAACACCACCCAGAGCCAGGGCGACUGACGACGACGAGACCACGCAGCAGCAGCCACGAGACACAUUGAGUUCGAGGUUUCUACCCGCUCAGGGGACGUAGCCUGUCGCCCACCACCGGCAUCUUCCGUUCCCCCGGAGUUUAUCUGACGCGGGAGAGCGACAGACGCUCAUCGAGCACGCACACUCGGGGGCCUUAGCCGACCGACCGACCCUGCAGACUGACUGACUGACUGAACUGGCCGACCGACCGACCGACUGACUGGCAGACAGACUGCUGGCUACCUCCGUCUCCAAGGGCCGAGACCACCGGCACUCUGCCCGGAUCCACCUCAUAUUAACCCCGUCCACUGCCGGGGUCCUGGAGGAAACCAGCCCUUCGCAGGUCGUCGGGCCGCCCCAUGGCGGGCGCCGAACCCUGUUGCCCAUCCCCACCGUCCGGCCGCUGCACCUUGCUCACCCGCCUCCGUGGCUGCCGCCGCCGUCUGCCUGCUGUCGCUUGUGUUGACUUGACUAGCGGUCGUGUUCCUGAUCCGCGGCCAAGCCUGUCGCCAUGACAAGGCCCAAGGUCCCCGAUGACAAGAGGAUACGUACCGCCCAGGCCUGCGAGUCUUGCAAGCGCCGGAAGCAAAAGUGCAACGGGUUGAAGCCAUGCAACACAUGCACGAAGCGCAACCUAGUCUGCGACUACCUGUCAGGCCACGGGCACGCCCACAGCCAGUCGACAACGCCCACCCAUGGCGGCCGGGGUGAGAUCGUGGUGUCCGGCUCGUCCCCGAACAAGCGUCGGAAGUCGACGCCGGACACGAUGGGCUCGGACGACGGGGCAGCCCCCAAGAGGGCGAGGUUCGGCGGCGGUGACGUCCGGACGGGGCCCCCCUCGCAGCAACAGCAGCAGGCCGCCGACAGCACCGAGCCCUCGAGGCUCCUGGGCCUCCCGACGCCGGUGCCUGGGCCUCCCGUGCCCGGCCAGCCCGGCCGGGGGGCUGAUCGGGAUGACGAGCCUGACCAUGACAUCCAGUCGAGGCAGAGCACCGUGAGCGGGGCUGACGAGGUCGCCGAGGUGUACACCGAGACGCGCAUGCUUCAGGACCCCACCGGGAGGCUAUUGUACCUGGGUGAUUCCGCCACGCUCUCGUACCUGCAAUUCAUCCGCAUGAUAGUCGAGAGUGUAGAUGGGCCCUCACAGUUCACCAUGGACCCCAGCCGCCACCGGCUGAUGGAGCUGACGACGAGCCUCCCGCCCGACACCCGCACAUCGCUCUUGCUCCCGGACCGGGGGACAGCGGAUGUUCUCAUCAGAUCAUACCUUACUAAUACCAACGGCCUGAUCGAGGUCUUCGACAGGAAAGUCUUCAACCAGCGGCUCGAAGUCUGCUACCAAGACCCGCUGGCAGCCGAGCCCACGUUCCUAUGCCUGCUCUACCUCGUCUUUGCCAUCGGCCUGGUGCUCGCCACGCCGGCCCCAGGUAGCCACGACGACACCGUGAUCAAGAACCUACAGACGACCACCGCGGACCGUGCGGAGAUGUUCUUCAUGAACGCCAAGUGCUUGUGCGACCCGACGUCCGGCUUCGAGGACGCCGACUUCUGGAGCGUCCAGGCGCUCCUGCUCAUGUCGCUCUUCAAGCUGGCGAGGACAAAACGCAAUGCUGCGUAUGCCUAUCACGGCAUGGCGGUAAGGUCUGGGUUCGCCCUCGGGCUCCACAGGCAGGAGACGAUGGUGAUCUUCCCCGUCCCGGAUCGCAUUGUGAGGCGGAACGUGUGGAGGAGCCUUUACGUCCUGGACCGGUUCCUCGCAGCCGCCCUGGGCAGGCCGACAUCCAUCUCGGAAGACGACUGUUCAGCAGAGGCGCUUGUCACGCCGGAGAGAUACCUCGGGCAGGAGAAAUACCUCGCCGACACAAACACCGACGCGUCGUCGUCCAGCGGCCUGAAUGCCGCGGUGCGGAGCUGUCAGGUCAUCGGCAUAAUCCUGAAGAAGAUCUACGCGCAGCGCAAGAUCUCGACCAAGCUGGCCCAGGAGAUCUCGGAGCAGUGCAAGGGCGGUCCUCAGAAAUACCACGCUGCCCUGCACUGGCGGCAGGCCAUGAACACGGGCAUCGACCCGGCCCACGGCAUGGCGGUCAUCCACGUCAACCUGCUCUACUGCCACGCUGUCAUCCUGCUGACCAGGCCCUUCUUUCUCUUCCUGAUGAACAGGAUGCAGCAGGAGAGGCUCGGGGUGCCACGAGCGGCGAUUCGGCCCGGGUCCAAGAUGGAGAAGUUCUCUGAGGCCUGUGUAAAUGCCGCGUACCACACCGUGGCCCUGGUGCAGAUGGGCCACGAGGGCAACUACCUGCCGCAGCGCGACCCUUUCAUAAUCCACUUCCUCUUCGCCGCGACCCUGGUGGUGCAGAGCAACGAGUUCGCCUCCCUCCACAAGAACCCCUCGUACGGCGAGACGUACCAACACGCCCUCGCCAUCAUGACCUACUGCGCCAAGACGGACCCCCAGGCCAGCAGGCUCGUCUACAUCAUGACAACCUUCCACAACGUCAUCGUGUCCCGCGCGCCGGCGUCCUCGUCGCUGCGCGACCCGUCCUCCAUCCCAAACACCCCCUCGGGCGGCGGCGCCCUCGUCAGCACCCCAGACCCGAUGGCCAACUUCUUCCUCUCGCACUCGACGCCGACCCCCACGGCGACCCUGCCCCCGCCAGCAGCGCCCACCAGCGCGCCCGUCGCGGCGCCCGCCUCCAGCAGCACCUUCGACCCGGCCCUGACGUCCAUGCCGCCCCUCCACAACCACAACCACCACCAACACCCCGCCCCGCACCACCCGCACCCCCAGGCGGCCGCCCCGGGCCUGCACAGGCGCGACUCGGGGAACGCGAACGCGGGCCCGGCCGCGGGCGGGCCCUCCCCGUCCCCGGGGGUGAUGCCCCCCGCCGCCCUGACGCCCACGACCUCGUCCGCGGGGGGCGACCCGCUGAUCGACGCGGAGUGGUUCCACUUCGACACGCUGUGGGAGAACUGGGCCGCCACGCCGCAGCCGCACGGGGGGGCACCACCACCGCCGCCCCCUCCGUCGGGCGGUGCAGCACAGGCCCGCCAGCAACAGCAACAGCAACAGCCGCUGGCGGACCCGGCGCUGUUCGGUGAUCCGGCGGCCCUGGGUGGGUUCGAUGCCGCUGGUGGUGGUGCCGGGGGCGGCGGCCCCGGGUCUGCGUUUGCUACGCCGCCGCUGCCUGGGGCGCAGGGCGGGAACGCGGGGAUGAACGUGCCGCUUUAUCCGAUGCUGAGGUUUGCCGAGUGAGUGGGUGGGUGGGUGAGUGGUAGGGGUGUUGUGCUGAUGUGAGGAGGGUCGGGAUACAUAGAUGGUGAAGACGUGGGGGGGUCUGGGUUGCUUGCUAGCUGAGGCGUUGAUGGGUCAAUGUAAGCUGAUGGGUGGAUGGUGCGGUGGAUAAUAAGCGAGGCGUCGGGCGGCGACGGAGAACCCCCGGUACAAUCAAUCAAUGUAUGUGUGCAACGUGUGUGUGUGUGUGUGUGUGUGUGUGUAUUUACUACGUCAUUGGGACAAAUAACAAGGGAGCAAGGAGGAGGAAACGCAGCAUGGCGCUGGGUGCUGGCCGAUUUCGAGUUUAUGUUGUUUUCUCGGGAUGUAAAAAAAAGUUCUUGGGGGUGAGCCGGCGCAG